GCGCACCAGCUCUGUUCUCCUCCCGCAUCUCUCUCUCUCUCUGCGCGGAAUUGCCAUGGCUGUCUGGAGCGGAUCCGGUUCCGUCCCGGCAACCUUGGUCAGGCCCAGCUUGACCUCUGUCUCUUCGGGAGAGCUGCAGAGCCUUCGGACGUGCAACUGCGAGAUGGCGGUGCUACCGCUGCGGCAGCUGCUCUCCCUACAGCCAGACUCCUUCCUCCUGCAAGGGGACACUCUGGCGGUGCUGAGUCCGCUCGACCGGCGGCCCGGGGGCGGCUUCACGGUGAUAAGCGACGGGUUUCUCCAGCUGGAUGGCCAACAGCAGUGCAGGCUCACCGGCUAUUUCAAGAGGCACGUAGAGUUGAAUAGCCAUCAUGAUUACAAAAACUACAGAGAGACUAUACUGGGUCGGCCAUUGGUGUUUUUCAUUAAUGUCAGAACAAAAUAUAAUUCUACAAAAGAAAAAACAUAUACUUUACUUGUGAAUACUCGACACCCAAAGAUGAGAAGGCAGAUGGAGAACAGCAUGAACAAUGUAAUCUCAUCUGUGAUUGGGGAAAGCUAUAAACUUCAGUUUAACUUCCAAGAUGCUGUAAAGAAGUUUUUUCCUUCAGAAGCCUAUCUGGUUAAUGAAGAAAGUUUAAGUUUCUCCUAUGAGUUCAAAACUGAUGCCUUAUUUGAUUUCUUUUAUUGGUUUGGGUUCAGCAAGAGCACUGUUUCAAUGAAUGGGAAAGUUCUUAAUUUGUCAAGUACCAAUCCAGAGAAGAAAGAAAUUAUAACUAAAUUUCUGGAUAAAAUGAGUGAACCAAAUUUGCGUUCAAACAGCUUUUCAGACAGGAAGUUCAGCAUUAUCUCUAGAGUUUCAAUAGAUGAUGUGUUUAAUGGCAACUUGACAUCACAGUCGACAUGGAUGGAGUCUCCUUUAGCUCUCUGGACAGUUUCAGGCUCUCAGAAGUCUGAAGACAGGUCAAGUAUUGAAGUCUGAUUCUCUUAACAUUGAGAAAAUAUGUUGAAGAAAGAAGGAAGAUAACCACAUUAGGAUUAUCUUAUUGCAGAAUGCAAGGAGUUUCUGCCUUUUGUUGCAAAUAAUAGGAGUCUCUGCAUUCUAUGUUGCUUUCAUUGAUUCAGGAUAAGACUCCCGAUUACUGAAGAGACAUUUACAGAGCUGGUUCUAUGUUCAACAUUAAAGGCUGUUGAAGCCUAGAGUUUUUGGUAUUGCAGUUAUCCGUAUAGCUAGAAUGAUUUUAAAUCUUGGAUUAUUUCAGUUUCUAAAUAACUACCAGGUUUUCAGAAUCAUGGAAAAAUACAUUAUUUUUUAUUGCUCCAACAUUUAUCAUAUCUUGGCAAGUUGAUAAUUCCAAACAGCUUUGAAUUGUAAGUAGCUGUGGCAGAUAGUAACUAUGAACUGGAGGGGUGGGGGUUGGUUGUUUUUUUUUUGUAAAAUGGAUGGUAAAGAACUGGCAGAAGGAAUACUCAAAUCCAUGUCUUUGGAUCCAGAAGUCAUCUGCUGUCAGAGCUUGGCUGUAUUCUGGCUUGGAAAAUUUUACUGCGUAGCCUAACUUUCACUCAUUGGGCAUUAUUUUCACAAGGGUUGUGCAAUGCUUCAGAUUUAAUCCAAAAAAGAAAAUUCAGGAUACUCAACACAGCAUCUGUUCAGUUCAUUAAAGCAGCUACAUCUUUUCCAGGAUUAUCCGGCUGCAAGCUGUGGUACUGUUCCAGGAAAAGACAGGCUGCUUUACAUAGCAGCAGACAGGUGCUACAUUAUGCACUCCAUAUUUUGUUGUAAUUGAAUCCAAAGAGGUGUGCGGUGCACACGUUUAUUUGUCCCUCUCAAAUAUAGAAUAAACAAUCUUUUCAGAUACGUAUAUAAACAUAACACAUUAAAAGAGGUGCUUUGAAUCAGAGCUUAAUAUCUUGGAAUGUUAUAGAAAGUGUCAGUGAUAUGUAGUCCACAGUAAAUGGGAAGCGUAUUGGCUGAAUGGUUGUAAAUUUGAGGAGUCACCUUGGGGCUACCUGCUGAAUAUUUUCCUUUUUCUUUAUGACUUAACAUUAAAACAAUAUUUUGAUGGAUGAAGUAUAAUCUUUACAUCAUGAAAAGCUGACCUUGUUAAAUUUGAAUUGCAUGGUAUAUUUUGGGCUUAUAGCAGCCUUUCUCACCGAUGUCUUCUAGAGCUGCAGCUUCUAAAAUUCCCAGCUGAAUAGUCUUCUGGCUGUAGGCUCACCCAAUCUGGAGAGCGCCAGCAGGUUUAAAGAAUGACUGGAAUGAAUGUGCCAUAAAAUUAUCUCUCAUUUUCUUAGUAGGCUUUUUUUUAUCAUGUUAAAUGUAUACAUCUUAAGGAAUGCAAUAUGCAGUCCCUUUAUAUUGAAGAGACUUCAUGUAUAAACAAUUGCCUAAUCAGUGCCUUCUAUAUAUCAUUGUUUUACAAUAAACAGAGGUUAUAUGGA